AUGACGAACGCUGUGAAUGUAUCUCGAAACGGUAUGCACUGGGCCGAACAGGUCCUCGCAUACACUCAAGCUCUUCCGAUGCCCGGGACUCCCAAGGACGCUACCGUGCGUACGGACUCGGACUCUUCAGAGUACGAGUAUGCGGCGGCUGCUGAAUCUUUGACUGGGAGUCCUUUUGGACCCCUCGAGGAUCUAACCCCAGAGGAGUAUCUGGGAAGGUUUUGGAAUCAGCACAAGUGGUAUUCGACUCCUGCGGGGACUCGGUAUGUCGCUCAUGCGCCCCGAAACCCCGCGGAUGUUUCUGUGCAAUUUUUUGGCAAUAUAGGAGGGACAGCUGGGUAUACGUCGGUCGUCGAGAACUCAUCGGUUGACAACAACUUGUCAUCCAAGAAUCAUUCGUUGGUCGACAUCGCCACAGGACCCAGUGGUAAAGGGGUCAAACGAGCCUCCAAGAAAGGGAUGAUGAAGAAACCUGUUCCUAAACCUACCGCCACCAACACCAGUACUAAGCCUUCUUCAAAGAUGCUCUCCCCUACCACCACUUUGUCCGGCUCUGCUCCCCUGUCUAUCAUCUCGUCCAUAUCUGCUCAUCUGCCUUCAUCUGGUUUCCCCGCUGAAGCUGUCUGGGAUGAUACUUCUUCCAGACCUUGGACCAAAGUGGUCAACAAGAAGAAGGAAGUCGCUUUGAAGAAAGCAUCCGUCAGAGCAUCUUCGAAUUCCCAGACUUUCAAGAAUGUGAAGGUGUCGCCAAACCCCAAGAUCAAAACCGCUGGCUCUGGAUAUUCGCCUGCGCAGCGUGCACCGCCCACAUCAAGCAUAAUUGCACAGCAGAAAGGCAAGAAAAAGGAGCCAGCUGCCCCUAGUUCCGUUCCCAUGGACUUGCCUCCAUGUCUCGCCGCCAUAUCUCCCCCCAAAUCUGCUCCUGUCUGUUCUUCUCACUCACGACCUGCUCCCGCUUCGUCUACUUCGCGUGCAGUCUCUGUCUCUUCGUCUCCUUGUACGAGCUCUAUCGUUCCGUCCCACCAUCCGGCUCCCAUCGCUCCUGAAAAUCUGAAUCUCGUCUCUUCGCCUUUGAGACUGGCUCUCGACUCUUGCUCUCCUCGUCUGACUCCUGUCUCACCAUUUCGUCCGGAUUCCGUUGCCCCGACAUUUCUCGUAGAGCCUGGGAAAACGUCUUCCCACAGUAGCGACGGGUCGUCUUCGUCGAUUGAAAUCAUAACGGAAAGGCCCUCGAGUGACGACACUUACCGAGGGACGAGUGAAGAGAACGUUGAGAAAGCCCCCCGUGUACCCACGUGUGCUGCUAUUAUCUCAACAUCUGCACCUGCUGCCCUCGCCACAGUGGAAAACACCAGGCCUUUUGUGAUCGAAACAGAGACCUGGCUAAAGAAGAUUGCUCAGACACAACCCAGAAUCGACGAGGCGGUUACCGCAGCUAAGCAGGCUUGGGAUACACACGAAGACGAGAAGAGACGUGUGCUAGCUGACGCCCAUCUAAAGCUCGUGGAAAUCGCCCGCCAGCAUGCCCAUCAAAAUCCUCAGAUCGCGUUUGGUAAUCCAAAUGCCCUUCCGUGGCCCUUGGGGAUGCCACUCAUGACUGACGAUGAGUAUCGCGAAGCUGGGCGAUCUUACCCCGAUGGUGAACCGGCGAUGGAAAAAGCAGCAGGAUACACUUACUGGCAGAGUGAGAGUUCUCACCCUCGCUCUGCCGUCAUUUAUCCGCACAUGACCCAGCAUACGGACCAGGGCAUGCAUGUCUUCACUUGGACUCGCAUGAGUGAAUUAGGGUAUGAUUACCUAGAGGCAUUCCGGAGUGACCCAGCGAAGUGCUGGUUCAACCCUCCGUGCUGCCAGCACAGGCAUCCAUAUGCCCCUCGAACCGACACUCCUUUGCAUUGGGUAGAUGGUUGCUGCUGUGCUCAUGACCCGUCAAGAUGCUGCAAUUGCCUGACUCUCGAGAUGCAGAACGCGGUGCCUGAGCCGGGAUUGCCUUGGGGUAAUAUCCCUGACGAAAGAACAGGACAUGACUUUCGUGAUCAGCCUGUCGGGGUUUCUGAGAGACUCCAACCUUUUAAUAGUGGGUACCCGACUCCUUCGAGAAGACUUGCCGCGCAAUCAAGCCCGGAGAGACCUGGGGGCAUUGGUAACUGGCCUUUUGGCUCUGCUAUGUUGCCUCCUGCCAACCUGACUGGAUACGGCUAUCACAACCCGGGCGACUCUGGUGAAUGGGGUCUAAUAAACCAAACUGGACAUGCUCUUUCUAUCCCAUUCCGAGGUUAUGCUCAUGGUGUUUCCGGUCAAUACGGUCCCAUUCACAACGGUUACAUUGGUCAAUACAUUCGUAAUGCUGGGCCAUCGAGCUUCUUUGCGAGGAUCGACCUCGACAUGGAGGGAACCAUAGAGACUCGCGUUCCUUUGGCAGCUAUCAGCAUGGCCGACCUGGGUCUGGACCUGGACCUACCAUGGUGA